AUGGGAACCAAGUCUCGUUGAGUCGCCCCUGAGAGCGUGAAACGGGUUUCAUGACGUCGUAAUCAACACAUUCUACCAAAGAAUACUGAAACUCUCAACAGUCUCACGAGUAAAGUAAUCGAAGCAACAUAGCUGCCACAACAGAUUUCGUAACCGAUUCACUCAAGCUCAAUCAACAUGGAAUACCUAACAAUCGCCUUAUCAGUAACUGCUGUACUUAUAGCCUGUUACUAUUACUAUCUAAAGAAUCUGAACGUAUUCAAAAGAUACGGGAUCCCACACAUUCCGCCUACACCACUAGUGGGAAACUUAGGACCCGUGUUAGCAAUGAAGUGCAGCAUGAUGGAAAUGAUAAAGAAGGUAUACAAUAUCGAUUCAAAAGCCAAGUACGUAGGAUUCUACGACCUAGGCGUUCCAAUGAUCUUCAUUCGCGACGUGGAGCUCCUCAAAACCAUCGGUAUGAAGAAUUUCGACCAUUUCCAAGAUCACCAAGGAUUCUUCGACACCAGUGUAGAUACUCUAUUUGGAGGAUCAUUGUUCUUCCUGCAUGGUGAGUACUGGAAGAACCAACGAUCCACAGUGACCCCAAUAUUCACCUCCAGCAAAAUCAAGAACAUGUUCAAGCUGAUGACAGACUGUGGAGAACGAGUUACCGAUUAUCUGUUAAAAUUACCUGAAGAGGAACGAGAAAUAGAGAUGAAGUCAGUGUUGUCCAAGUACACCAACGACGUUAUCGCCAGUUGUGCAUUCGGUAUCGAAGUGGAUAGCGUCAAAGAUCCAAAUAAUGAGUUGUACGUAAAUGGUCAGCGUACGAUGUUGUUCGUCGGUUUUGGUCAGUUCAUCAAGAUAUUGAUGUACAGAAACGUACCUUCUUUGAUAAAGUUGCUGCGAAUCAGGUUCUUCGCGAAGAAUCUUGCCGAUUUCUUUGAGAACCUGCUGCUGGACACUGUGAAGACCAGAGAAGAGAAGGGAAUCUACAGGCCAGACAUGCUCCAGGUGAUGAUCGACGCUAAGAAUAAAAAUGAACCAGGAAAAACGUUAACUAUCUCUGAGGUAAUUUCUAAUGCCUAUGGAUUCUACUUCGGUGCUUACGAGACAGUGGCCAUGCAGUCGUCCUUCGUGUUCCAUCUACUGGCAGAGCAUCCUGAUGUUCAGACGAAACUGCAAGAAGAGAUAGACAAGGUAUUAGAGGAGAACGAUGGACAGUUGACCUACGAUGCUGUUAUGAAGAUGGAAUACUUGGAAGCAGUCAUCCACGAGACCAUGAGGUUGUACCCCAACGCCUUCUUCCUGGAUAGAGUGUGCACGAAGACUUACGAACUGCCACCAGCAGUACCCGGUGCCAAACCCUACACCUUGAGACCUGGAAUGACUCUCUGGAUCCCUGUGUGUGCAAUUCAUACCGACUCGAAACACUACGAGAAUCCGGACAAAUUUGACCCGGAGAGAUUCGUGACCGAUGGUAAAAGGAUACUGAACUCGGGAGCCUUCAUACCUUUCGGAUUUGGACCCAGGAUGUGCAUCGGGCACAGGUUCGCGAUGAUGAAAAUGAAGGUGAUAGUUUGUCAGACUUUGUCUCGCUGUCAAUUCAAGUUGGCUUCGAAGAGCCAGCUUCCUAUGGAAAUACUGAAAGGAUCAUUCGCUGCGAUCCCCAAGAAUGGGUUCCGGCUGAAGGUUGAACCUAGGAAGAAUGUUAAUUUGAAUAAAAAAAUAACUAUGUCCAACAGUGCUUGAAGAUUGAGAAAAAAUUAUUCCUAAGAGUUCACUGGUUCUUUGAUUGAAUAUUUUCUGAUGUAUUUGUUAAAUUACACGAACGUGUAGUUUGUGAAUUUUAAUAAAAAAAUAUAGCGCGAGGAGAAAGAAUAUUUGCACUGCAAAUGAAGAAAAAAAAAUUAUAAAAUGCAUGUUUUGUGUAAUAAAAUUUUUUAAUAAAAUGCAAUACUGUUUUAUCAGUAUAGGCUG